AUGGAAGCAAGACCAGAAAAGUAAUUCUCAUUUAGUCACUACCUCUUCAAGGUAGUUCUAAUUGGAGACUCUCACGUUGGGAAAUCAUCUCUUCUCUUAAGACACUCAGAAAAAGUCUUCAAAGAUAAUUACCUCUCAACAAUCGGUGUUGAUUUUAAGCUUACUGAUGUCUAUAUUGAUGAUUCCCAUGUAAAGCUUCAAAUUGUAAAAUUUACUCAGUGAGACACAGCAGGCCAAGAAAGAUUCAGAACAGUUAUAAAUGGGUAUUAUAGAGGCUCUGAUGGCGUUGUUGUUGUUUUUGAUAAAUCAGAUAGAGAAUCAUUUGAACAUGUGGAUGGCUGGAUCAACGAAGUCGAUAAAUAUGCCUCUCAAAAUCCUAUAAAAAUCCUAGUAGGCAAUAAAAGUGAUAGCCAUCCUGUUGUAGAAACUGCUGAAGGAGAAAGAAAAGCUGUAAAAUAUAAAAUGGACUAUAUUGAAACAAGCGCCAAAGAACCAUUUCAAGUUGAUAAGCUAUUUGAUGUCCUUGCAAUGAAAAUGAUUAAAAAUGACAGAGGAGAAAAGCAAGGAGGUGAAAAAAUUUCAAAUAAAGAAGGCAAUCAGAAAAAAAAUUGCUGCUGAUAA